GUCUCCAUUCACUUACCGCCGAAAUGCUGAAGUACACGGUUCUUGUUCUAACAUUAUUGGCCAUUGCCAGAGUUGGCCAAACUCGCGAAAAGUUCACCAUACAAGUUAACGAAGACAACGCCGUUGGUGCUGUAAUCGAGUCAAAACCCUUUGUGAAAAUCCAUACCAGUUACUACUUUUUCGGCACAGAAUCCUUAAACUGGUAUGCGGCCUACGAAAAGUGCAGGGAGUUAGAUUCUGAAUUGGUAACAUUUGAAACGGACGAUGAAUUCGAUGCAGUUGCCUUUUUUUUGACUCGCAACGGAUCGCGAGAGAACUAUUGGACAUCGGGUAAUGAUUUGGCCAAAACCGGAACACACAAAUGGUUUACUACUGGCGAGCAUUUAAGUUCGCUCAGGUGGGCCCGUGGUCAGCCGGAUAAUGCCGGUGGUAAAGAGCACUGCAUCCACCUGGGUUACAUAUACGGCGACUCCACGAAGUUCGAAUUGAAUGAUCGUCCCUGCUCCGGGGACCCCAAUAGUUUGUUCAAGUAUGUAUGUGAGGCCCCCAAGAUGGAGACCGUAUCGAUUGUAGUGUGGAAGUAAAAAAAAAUAAAUAAAUAAAAGAAAGCACGUUCCUUAAUAAACUUAAAAUUUAAUUGCUAAGAGCUAAUAAUGCUAUUCCAUGAAUUGUUUUAAAUUAUUGGUCACGAAUCGUAAAAAUAUAAUAAACCUAACCAGUUUAA